CUCACCAUCAUCAUCAUUUCUCUUCUCUUCUCUCUCUCUCUCUCUUUCUCUAUUUCUGUUAUAUAAAUCCUCCAACCUGCCUAGCCUUACCCUCCAAUGUCAUAUGAAUUAGUAGUAAAGAGAGAAAUAUGAUGGAGUUUUCUUUAUCAAUUCUGAUCUGGUGUGUGGUGGUCUGUGUGUUACUUCGUUUAUGGCGGCGUUAUAAGGAGUUCGUGAGAUGGAAAGUGCUGCAAUUGCCUCCAGGCACCAUGGGAUGGCCUUAUGUAGGAGAGACUUUUAAGCUUUACUCUCAGAAUCCAAACGUUUUCUUCGCUGAUAAACAAAAAAGGUAUGGCGAUAUUUUUAAGACGCAUAUUCUGGGAUGCCCUUGCGUAAUGAUCGCGAGGCCAGAGUCGGCUAAAUUCGUGCUGGCCAGCCAAGCCCAUCUGUUUAAGCCCACUUUUCCAGCGAGUAAGGAGAGAAUGUUGGGGCCUCAGGCGCUCUUUUUCCACCAGGGCGACUACCAUGCACAGCUUAGAAAGCUUGUCAAACUCUCUUUCCUUCCGGAGGCCAAUCGCCAGAUUGUUCCCGACAUUGAAGCUCGUGCUCUGCUUGCCCUGCAUUCGUGGGAGGACCGUACUCUCAACACGUUCCACGAAAUGAAACGGGUUUGUACUUUCUAUAACAUUGGCUUAUUUACUCUGAUGUUUCUGCUUUCUCCUCCUUCACUCUUUUGCCUUUUGCUGCUGCAGUUUUCUUUUGAUGUGGCAUUCGUUUCCAUAUUUGGUCGCCACGAUGUGUUGGAAAAAGAGGAGAUUAAGCAGUAUUACAACACGCUUGAGAAGGGAUACAACUCCAUGCCCCUCAACCUUCCCGGAACUCUAUUUCACAAAGCCAUGAAGGCGAGGAAACAACUGAGCAAAAUUUUGAGCAAAAUCAUUUGUGAGAGAAAGUCGUCCUCCUGCUCUCACGAGGGUUUGCUGGAGACCAUGAUGAGAAGCUCCGAGCAGCCUCUUUCGGAUAGCAAGAUUGCAGACAAUAUAAUAGGCGUUAUAUUUGCUGCACACGAUACAACUGCCAGCGUAUUGACAUGGGUUAUCAAGUACCUCACGGACAACGCUCCACUCCUCGAAGCCGUCACGGCUGAACAGGAGGCUAUCCUAGGAGAAAAAGGUGGAGAAAAGCGGGGAAAACAAGGGUAUCUAACAUGGGCUGACACCAAGCAAAUGCCUUUAACUUCGAGGGUGAUUCAGGAGACGCUAAGAAUGGCCUCAAUUUUGUCUUUCACCUUUAGAGAAGCAGUUGAAGAUGUGGAGUACAAAGGUUAUCUCAUUCCCAAAGGAUGGAAAGUUAUGCCGCUGUUUCGCAACAUUCACCACAGUCCAGAAUUUUUCCCGGACCCCCAAAUGUUCGACCCCUCGCGGUUUGAGGUGCCUCACAAGCCCAACACGUUUCUCCCCUUUGGAAAUGGAGCUCACUCGUGUCCAGGCAGAGAGCUAGCAAAGCUGGAGAUUCUUAUCCUCCUUCACCAUCUUACCACAAAAUAUCGGUGGGAUGUUGUGGGGCCUGAUAAUGGAAUUCAAUAUGGGCCCUUCCCUGUUCCAAUGCAAGGCCUUCCUCUGAAGCUCAGCCGCAAGAAUUGUAGACAAUGAAAAAGGCCUAGAAUGGAAUGCAUGUCUUCGCUAAAGCCAAACAGUUUCAGAGAGGUGUUAUUGUAGGUGGUUGGUAUUUUGGUUUUUUUUAGUUUUUUAUGUUGUUGAUGAUAGAUUAUGGUGCGUGAAUCGAAAUGUUGUUGAUGAUAGAUUAUGGUGUGUGAAUCGAAAUGUUGUUGAUGAUAGAUUAGAGAAUGUAUAUAAAAAUUUGUACAGAUUGAUUUCAAAAGUAA